AUGGCUCUUCCUGAACCCGAAGUUCCUCGUGGUAAAGAGAAUGCUAAUCUCCGCUCUGGGCGUCUUCGUAGACAAAUCCCUACACAAGAUAGAAAUCCACAUAUGGUUCUUAGGGGUUUAUAUUCAGAAAAAAGUCUACCUGGACAAAAUUUGGAAAGUGAAGCAAAGGAGGCUCUUCGAUUCCAGCAGGCUAGAAAUAAACGUGAUCUUGGAAUUGGACGUGUAGGUCGAGUGACUCUAAAUGAUGGGCAGCAUGGCCUUGAUUUGUAG